AUGUUUUCGCACACAUCCGCAAUACUUUUAGGCUCACUGAGCCAUAGAGCGCCCUUAACUCCCUUUAUUCGGCGCUUUGCCUCUAAAAAGGACAUUAAAAUCGCAACGAAAAUCACCGACUUGUACACUAACGAAGAACCGAAGCCAGACGCCAAGCAGAGGAGCCAAGACAUCAAGAGGAAGAUACGAUAUGUUUAUUAUGAUCCAACUCUUGUACAGAGAAUCGCAAUAUUAAAGGCAAGAUUCUUUGCGACCGGGUGGAUGUACGCUGUCACGGCGAUUUUGGCGUAUUUGGCACUCAGAUCCAUUUAUUGGUGUCAGGAUCGCUUCCUCAAGGACAGAUUUGGGAUUUAG